GCUUGGUUUAAACCAAUAUAUAUAUAUAAAAGAAAUAAACUUUAAAUGAUCUUUUGUUUCAGAUUUAAGCUUCCUUAUAUACCAAUUAACAGUCUUUGGGGCUCUUUUCUUUCUUUUUGGGUGUUUAGCGGAAAAAAAACUUUUUCAAAUUCCUAAUACAAAGAGACAAAUCUGGGUUUUUACGGAUUUGUCUUAAAUCUUUUGCUUCUUAUUCAGAUUUGAACUUUACCCAUUCCCCAAUCCCUGUUUGCCAGCCAAGAAAAUCUAGGGAAAAUGAAAUUGAAGGUUCAAAUCUUUGAUUCAAAUCUGGGUUCUUUACGUUCCUAAUAAUUGGAUUUUCUGAAACUAUGUUCUCUUCUCUGGGAGUUUAGAUUACGUUCCAGGGAGAAUUGGGUGUUAAGUUCAACAUCCAAGAACUAACUAUUUUGAUGAGCUAAGGAUGGCGUUCAAAUCUAAGAUAAAAUGGGUUGCAUUAUUUGUGUUGACUUUAUCUUUGGGAUCAUUGACCGUUCAUCUUUCGUUAACAAAGUUUUCAAGUAUGAAUUUAGUCCAGUAUAGCGCAAAAGAAGCUUUAAGCCAUGAUUUUCCAUAUAUUGGAUCCCCUGUUGGCAGAAAUAAGAGGUUAUGGGGUGCUGUGAGGUCUUUAGAGUCUUUGCAGCCAUAUGCAAACCCGAGAAACGGAUAUCCAGUUCCAGGUAAAACUAGUAAUGGUUUCAUCUAUGCAAAAAUAUUUGGUGGAUUCGAGAAGAUAAGAUCUUCGAUAUGUGAUCUUGUCACCAUAUCCAGGCUUCUAAAUGCUACUCUUGUAAUUCCAGAGAUACAAGAAAGUACUCGUUCAAAAGGCAUAAGUUAUAAAUUCAAGAGUUUUUCCUAUCUUUACGAUGAGGAACAGUUCAUUGCUUCACUUAAAAAUGAUGUGAAUAUCAUAAAAAGCUUGCCCGAGUAUUUUAAGUCUGCGAGAAGAAGGAGCGAGUUCCCUACUUUCAAGCCCAAAAGUUCUGCUUCUCCAAAUUAUUAUGUCAAAGAAAUUUUGCCUAGCUUAAAGAAAGCGAAGGUUGUUGGGUUGAUUAUUAUGGACGGAGGGUGUCUGCAGCCGAUUCUUCCUCCUAUCCUGUCUGAGUUUCAGAGGCUUAGAUGCAGAGUUGCCUUUCACUCUCUCCAGCUUCGUCCUGAAAUUCAGAUCCUUGGCCUCCGGAUGGUGGAAAGACUACGAGCAUGGGGACAACCUUUCCUAGCAUAUCAUCCGGGUUUGGUGAGGGACACCUUGGCAUAUCACGGAUGUGCUGAGCUUUUCCAGGAUGUUCAUACAGAACUUAUACAAUAUCGAAGGGAACAGAUGAUCAAGCAAGGAAUCGUUAAUGACGAAUUAAGUGUUGAAUCACAUAUCCGCAGAGAAAAUGGUUCAUGUCCUCUCAUGCCUGAAGAGGUCGGACUUCUUCUUCGUGCAAUGGGCUAUCCUUCUAACACAAUUAUAUACGUGGCAGGUUCUCAAACUUUUGGCGGUCAACGUCUUCUGAUCCCUCUACGCGCUAUGUUUGCAAAUGUAGUUGAUCGCACUUCGUUGUGCAGCAAAACGGAAUUGUCGGAUUUGGUUGGUCCUGAAACACCUCUUCCACCUGAUGUUUUUAAGAUGCCUAAUCCGAAAAGUGAAGAACAACUCAAAGAAGAGUGGAAUAGAGCUGGUCCACGGCCUCGACCCCUUCCUCCACCUCCUGAUAGGCCUGUAUAUCAACAUGAAAAAGAAGGCUGGUACGCUUGGAUUACCGAGAAUGACAAAGAACCCAACCCUUCCCCAAUGGAUCUUAGGAUGCAAGCUCACAGGUUACUUUGGGAUGCCCUUGAUUAUAUAGUCUCUGUGGAAGCAGAUGCAUUCUUUCCCGGUUUUCACAGUGAUGGCAGCAGAUGGCCUGAUUUCUCAGGCUUGGUUAUUGGACAGAGGUUGUACGAAAGGGCUUCUUCUCGGACAUAUCGACCAGACAGGAAAAAAAUUGCUGAACUUUUCAACGUAAUCCGUGAUGACAUGUUCCAUCCGAAGCGUAGUUGGAUACUAUCAGCUAGAGAACAUCUCAACAGAAGUUUGAGUGAAGAGGGCCUUAUCAGACAGUCACUGUUGUCAAAGCCAACUUCCUUUCUGUCCCAUCCGAUUCCCGAAUGCUCUUGUAGAAUUUCUUCUGUUGAGAUCACGAAACCUAUAAAAGGCAAAGAUGGCAGAAUUUUAUUCGGAGGUGAACCGGAAUGCCCCAAAUGGAUGCAAUCAGCUAGGGCUGAAAAGGCUAGAACCAAUGAAACUGAACCAGCAGAAGACGAGAACGACGUGCCUGAACAGCUAGAACCAGAUGUCAUAAGUAGUUUAACUUCACUGAUUGAUCAUGACGAAGAAUGGGAUCCAAACGACUAACUGGAUUUAUAGACAGUACGUUUCUAUCUUCAUAUAUAUCAUCAACGGGUGGGAAUUCAUUUGCUGGAGAACUUUCGACACGGAGAGUAGCAAGUAAACAUCAUUCUUUGAUUUCCAUAGUUACAGUCACUAAUGUUUUUGAGGUGAAUAAAGUAGUCAAUUUAUUUGUCUUUUUCUUUUAUUUUAUUUUUAGUAGAUUCAUAGAAACCAAAAGAAUUAUUCCAAUGUCUUUAUACAUCAAAUAGUUGUUCUAACAUGAGAAGGGUGAAAAGAUUCAAGUCAUAGAUUUUGUCAUUGGAGAAGCUGAAAGUCAUUGCUGUAAUUUUUCUUUUAGUAUUUCUCACUGUGCUUCUUCAACUGGGUUCUUUUAUCCUAUUAUUAUUGUUUUUCUUUUUGGGGUUUAAAAUGAUGUAAAUUUGCAGAGGUUGUUAAUGAGAUAGUUUUGUUAUGACAAUAUUUUAUACUGUGAUUAGUUGGAUUUUUUUUU